UAAAUCUCUACUCAAGACUCAAGUUUCUUUGAUUUAUCAAUUGGAAUAUUUUGAAGACCUUCGGUGAAAACCUUCUUUUUAUGAUAUUCAUAAACUUGAUUAUAUUGCACUAUUAAUUUAUUUGUUAUGGUGUGAAAAUAAACAUAACGAUGAGCAACGUUCCGGAAAAUGCACCGAAUCAUUGCCCUGGAACCCAGAGCGAGGAUGCAGGCAAAGCAUCUGCUUGUGCAGGAUGCCCAAACCAGAAUAUUUGCGCAUCAGGUGUCCCAUCAGGCCCAGAUCCAGCCAUAGAGAUAAUAAAGAAUAGACUAUCCAAUGUAAAACAUAAGAUUCUAAUACUAUCGGGCAAGGGUGGUGUUGGGAAGAGCACAGUAACAUCACUGCUUGGACAUGCUUUAGCUGCACGAAACCCAGAUAUCAAUGUGGGUAUACUAGACGCAGAUAUAUGCGGGCCGAGCCAGCCGCGCGUGCUCGGCGUGCGCGGUGAGCAAGUUCACAACUCUGGUUCGGGGUGGUCGCCUGUUUAUGUUAAAGACAACCUUUCGCUUAUGUCUAUCGGAUUCCUUCUCGGCAGUCCGGAUGAUGCUGUGAUAUGGCGAGGACCUAAGAAAAAUGGUAUGAUUAAGCAGUUCCUAAGCGAAGUGGACUGGGGGGACCUCGACUACUUACUGAUUGACACACCUCCAGGCACAUCAGAUGAGCAUCUAUCAUCCGUGCAGUAUCUCACCGCUGCCGGUCUAUCCGGUGCGGUGGUUGUGACAACACCGCAGGAGCUAGCACUAUUGGAUGUGCGUAAAGAGAUACAGUUCUGUAAUAAACUGGGAGUGAAGGUGUUGGGCGUGGUCGAGAAUAUGUCGCUCUUCGUGUGUCCCAAUUGUCAGAGCCGCAGCGAGAUCUUCCCCGCCACGACGGGUGGGGCAGGUCACAUGUGCGCGUCCCUCAACGUGCCCCUGCUGGGCGCUCUGCCCCUGGAGCCGUUACUGGCCCGAGCGUGUGACGCGGGGGAGGACUUCACGGGGCAACUGCCCCACUCCCCCGCUGCGAGGCAACUGGCCGCCAUCGCGGAGAAAAUUGUCGCAGCCUGUGAGAACUCUUAGAGAAUUAAUAAAAUAUGAUCAAAUUUAUAAUGAUUUUAAUGGCCUAGUCAAAUAAGCUUAAAUCAAUGUGCUUACAAAUAAUUUGUAAUAAUUUACAAAUAAAUUAACUAUAUUGUUAUAUUU